ACAAAUCAAAAGAGCGACGUAUAAACUGCCUACAUGUUUGUACUUUUUUGUUAAUGUUGAGAAUCUAAGUAAGUUCAGUACUGCUUGUCAACCAGGAAGGACCGUUUUAACCCAGAAGCGCUAACAUGUCUUACUCCCGGAAGUAGACGUGGCACUGAUUAUGAUCCUUCCGGAUUUAGUGUUGUCAAGCGAACCAUCACUGGUGCAGGUGCUGAUAUCUGAAAUCUAUACUACAGCCUUUGUAACCAGCGAUUUUUAAUUUUUAUUUUAUUUACUUAACUACCCGGAUGUAGGUACAGAAUAGUUGUUUUAAAUAGCAACAGGGCGUCAUUAGUUAAAAAUGUGUAAGUUUGCAGAGGGCAGAGUGUGGGCAUUUUUCUGGGGUAUCUUGGAAGUAUGGUGGGUGAUCGCAUCGACUGCCCGGGUUGCAACGUCGCCUCUCACAGAUGACAUCCCCUUCAGGAUUAGCUGGCCUGGAUCAGAAUUCACAAUGCCAAAAACUGGUGUCCUAUACAGAGAGGAUGACUAUGUUAUCAUGACAACGACCGAUAAAGAAAAGUAUAAGUGCAUGCUUCCUUCACUGGCAAGUGGAGAUGAGGAUGAUGAUAAGAAUUACAGCGGCCCAAACCCUGCAGCACUCCUAGAGCCACUGUUUAAACAAAGCAGUUGCUCAUACAGAAUUGAAUCUUACUGGACAUAUGAAGUGUGCCAUGGGAAGCAUGUUCGCCAGUACCAUGAAGAGAAGGAGACUGGGCAGAAAAUUAAUAUUCAAGAAUAUUACCUUGGAAUUAUGGUUAAAAAGAGUGAACCAGCCACAGCAGAAACAGAACCUGAAAAAACAGAAGAAAGUGAAAAAGGGAUUCCUACCAAAAAUGUUGAAGGCCAGAUGACUCCAUAUUACCCCUUGGAGAUGGGGAAUGGUACACCCUGCACGCUGAAACAGCAUCACCCCCGAUCAAGCACAGUCAUGUACGUCUGCCACCCUGAUGCUAAACAUGAGAUCCACUCCAUAGCUGAAAUCACCACCUGUGAAUAUGAAGUUGUGGUGCUCACCGCACUGUUAUGCAGCCAUCCUAAAUACAGAUUUAAAUCCUCUCCUGUGAAUGACAUCUUCUGCCAGUCACUCCAGGGAUCACCACUGAGGCCACAGAGCCUCACCCAGCUAGACAGAGAGCAGCAGGAUCUGAUGAAACCAGACUUCAUCAGCAGGGACAAAGAGGAAGAGACCUCCUCAGUAAGAGAAGAACGAUUCAGUGCCACCCACAAGCCCAUCAGUGUCGGAGGCCAGCAGCAGGUGACUGUUGGAACCACGCACAUCUCCAAACUGACUGACGAGCAGCUCGUUAAGGAGUUUCUCAGCGGGUCCUACUGUCUCCACGGGGGUGUGGGAUGGUGGAAGUAUGAAUUCUGUUAUGGAAAACAUGUGCACCAGUACCAUGAGGACAAGGAGUCUGGAAAGACCAUUUUAGUUGUGGGCACCUGGAAUCAGGAAGACCAUUUAGGAUGGGCAAAGAAAAACGUAGCUCGAUCCUACCAGCUAAAAGAGGAUGAUGUGCAGAAAGUAAAGGUUGUCUCUCAUUUCUAUGGCAAUGGAGAUGUUUGUGAUUUAACAGGGAAACCCAGAGAAGUGAUCGUAAAACUUAAAUGCAAAGAGUCUGAAUCCCCCCAUGCUGUCACGAUUUACAUGCUUGAACCACAAGCCUGUCAAUACAUCCUUGGGGUGGAGUCCCCAGUUAUCUGUAAAAUUUUAGACACUGCAGAUGAAAAUGGAAUGCUGUCAGUACCCAUUUAAACCAGACCUCCGUGUCACAUUCACAUAGAGAAUGCUGCGGGAAUCAACCCUCAACUGAUUUGUACUGAAGUGUUUUUUUAUUUUAUUAUUUUUGUUGGAUUUAAUGCUUUCAGUCCCUACCAUUUUAAAGAGGAAAACACAAGUUUCAAGGGAGUAACUCCUCCCCCUCCCAAAUGAACUGCACAGCUAAUACGCUUGAAAGAUUGUGUGUGUAUAUACUGUACUAGUGUAAAUAAAUUAAAAAGGCUUAUUUUGGAAGCAUAAACAUUGAUUGAAUUAAAUAUACUAUAUAAUAACAUGUAUAUUUAAGGCCAUUGCAGUGUUCAUUUAUUGAAAGAUCUGAACAGUUUCGGGACCGAUAGUAAUGCUGCAUUUUUAAUACCACUAGUAGCUCUAGCAUAAAAAGCAUAAACUCCUCCCUUGGCCUAAGGAUGAAAAGUUAAAUAUAUGUUGUUCACAUUUUAUGUUUGUGAUGUUAAAGGUUGCUCCUGUGGACUUUUAAGCCACAAUACAUUUGAGCUGCCUGUCCAAAUACAGAGAUAACACCAGUGGUUACUGCUGAACUGCCAGGUGUUUUUCUGUAUUAACAAGGCUAUGUAGAACAUUGCCACUGUGUGGCUGAACACUGUAAGUUCAUAAACAACAGUCCAAGUUUCCCAUGUCACAUCACAUAAACACCUGAUAGUGAAAAAAACAGACCUGGAAUUUGAAAGUUUUACAAACACUGAAUAAAAUCCCUGAAAUGUUAUUAAUUCUUCUGUCACUGACUUCUAUCCUAUAUCUAACUUGAAUGGUAAUUCUUUUAAACAGGGAUUUUUACGAAAAACAAUUGGUGGGUAAGGUUUGCUGUAUAAAUCACUUCCUGAAUAAAACAAUGCUAGAACAUUGUGUGAACUGGCUGGGUCUUUGUGGGCAGACUCAUUUAAACGAGUCCCUCAAAUGGACUGCUUGACGUAUAAAUAAGCAUAAACAUGGUCUCUGCUACAUAGGUGUUGUUUUUUGGUUUAAAUUAUUUAGCUGUUUAUGAAAUAAAGUAAUUGUUUUAACCUC